AUGGAUGGAAUUGGAAGUCACCCACAGUCUCAGUCUAACUCGUCACCAAAUGCUCAAACCAUAAAUAUGGAUGGAUUGGAAAAUCAAGUUAGUGGUGAUCAUCUUGAGAAUGUUAAGCAUUAUUUUGAUGAUAAUAUUGAUAAGGAGUUGGAGGAUGAGGAGGAAGAUGUUUUAGGUGAUUCUAAAAAAAGAAAAAAGAGGGUAGUGGCUUCUAGAUCACCGUAUUGGGAUUACUUCAUUAAAUUUCAUUGUGAAAAGGAUAAUGUCCAAAAGGCUAGGUGCAAAUAUUGUAGUAGAGAGAUCAAAGCCGAUCCAAAAGCACAUGGAACUAGACAUUUGAAGAACCAUUAUGAAUCUUGCAAGAAAAAAUCCCAAGAAAUCACCAGAAAUCAAAAUAGAUUGUCUUUUCAACCAAUUCGCAUUGGUGAUAUAGAUGCCCCUCUUGUUAAUUGGAGAUUUGAUCAAGACAAUACUAGAGAAGCUUUGUGUCACAUGCUGGUUGUGGAUGAACUUCCAUUUAAGUUAGUCGAACAUCCUGAAUUUAGGCAUUUUUUGUCUGUUGCAUGCCUGAGGUUUGCCAUUCCAUCAAGAAGAACAAUAACAAAAGAUAUUUUCAAAAUAUAUGUGAGUGAAAGAGCAAGAUUGAAGUCAUUUAUUAAAGAUCAUGCUCAAUGGGAUGUAUUGGCAGUUCCAGUCUCAACUGUUGCCUCAGAAUCCGCAUUUAGUACUGGUGGACGUGUUCUUGACACUUUUAGGAGCUCUUUGUCUCCUAAAAUAGUGCAAGCACUUAUUUGUACUCAAGAUUGGAUACGAAAAGACUCCAAAUCAAUUAGAAUUGAGGAGGAUUUGAGUGAACUUGAAGUAGUUGAGAAAGGUCGAGGACUCGAGGAUAAAAAUGUGAUAUGA